AAAAAACUUAUUGUCCAUGACUCCAAGGACGGGUUCCCCAUCACGGCAUUUCGCGAAAUCACAAUCAUGAAACAGUUUAGACACGUGAACGUGCUGCAGCUGAUAGAUAUGAUUCAUGAGAACUCCGAAGAUACGAAGAAGCCUGGCUUUUUCUACACAGUCACACCAUACAUCAGCUCGGACCUGAAUGGGUUACUCAACAACCCACGGGUCAGACUCACAAAUCCGCAAAUAAAAUGUAUUAUGAAACAGAUCUUGCACGGGAUAGAUUACAUUCACAACCAGCAUUAUCUUCACAGGGACAUAAAGACAGCCAACAUCCUGCUCGACUUCUUUGGCGUGGUGAAAAUUGCCGACUUUGGACUUGCAAGGGGCUACCACGGGCCGGCUCCAGUGGAUGCGGCCGCCGGUGCUGGCGGCGGUCUGGUCGAGUACACGGGGCUAGUGGUGACACGCUGGUAUCGACCCCCCGAACUGCUGCUGGGAGAACGUAAAUACACAACGGCAGUCGAUAUGUGGGGAAUCGGAUGUGUCCUUGGGGAAAUGUACAAGAAAAAGCCCAUUCUAGAAGGAAAGAGUGACUUGGACCAGGCAGACAUGAUAUUCAGGCUUUUAGGAAGUCCCACGCCGGAGAACUUUCCGAACGCAGAUGUGAUCAAUAGAAAUGGCGUCAAUUUACAUGUGGACUACCCACGCACCCUCGAAAGCGAGUUUGGGGCGAUUAUGACGCCAGCAGCAGUGCGUCUGCUCUCAGGAUUGCUGACGCUGGACCCACGCAAGCGGUUUAAUGCUGCCAAGGCAUUGGAGUCGGAUUUCUUCAAAAUGGAGCCGGUGGCUUGUCUUCCCGAAGAGUUGCCCAAAUUCGAGGAAAGCCACGAACAGGACAUCAAAAGAUACAAGGAAGAGAAGAAGCGUGCAAAUGAGUCCGUUGGAUCGGGAAGACCGCCUAAUAAGUCACUGGACCACUCUCACUAUGGCGCGGACUACGAAACUCCUCGCAAGAGAAGAGAUCUUGCCCACGACAAUCGCUGGAGAGGUGAACGACGUGGCUGGGGAGGUAACAGAGAUUGGAAUCGCGACUGGGGCCGCGAUUGGGGCCGCGACUAUUCACGGGAGUCAGGAGACUAUAGAGAAUAUAGAAGGCCCCGCGAAUUCCACGGAGGUCGACCUUGGCAGAACCAGGAUUAUCGAGACACCAGGGGCCAUUGGGGAGAUGGUCCCCAUGCAAACGGCGGCCAACAUCGGUACAAAAGAAACCCACCGGACAGAACUAGCAGCAGCCUUUACGCACAGACAGAAAAAACUAGUCUUAGCGCAGUUAAGGACUAUUUAAUUGACAAGAAAAAGGAGGGAGGGGCAGAUCCGUCAGCGAAAAGAUGAAACGCAAGCAGUACCGAAUGGUGCUUAUUUAGACAUUUGGAUCCGCUUCAGCUGGUUCAAGCGUUUUGUACAUUUUCUGAAAAUCACUGCGCUAAUUAACAACGAUGCGGUGGAUAUAAUGACAAACCAGUAGUCUUUUUCUUCGACAAUGUUUUCUAAAUUCAUGCCGUAGACACCAGCAAUGAAAAGCAGGCUGCCAAAGCUCAGCAGACAAAUACUGAACCGCAAACCAAGCAGCAUGAGCUGGUUUCGAUUGGAAUCGAGGAUUAUAUUGAUGAUUUCCUCUGUAGUUCGCACGUUGCUUAUGGAGGACUCCACUGUCUGCACAAUAGCGUCGCAAUGCAGAGAGUAUGAUUCGAGCAGCAUUUCCACCUCUUCGUGUUCGCGCCCCAUCCGCUUGUGGCCGAUUUUUUUAUCUGUGAGAUAGAGUUCCACUAGCUCGUCGUCGUGGGCGAGCAUUUCGUCGAUGAGGUCUCUGAUCAAAGUGGCUUUCUGCUGGAACUGUUGCAAUUUCUUGGAGACCAGUAACAGAUACUUUAGUUUCGUCAUGUCAACGUCGCUUUCGAGUUCCUUUAGUAUGCCAUUUACCACGGUGACGUGCACUUUCAUUUCGGAAUUGAGGUUAUCGAUCACGUUCAUGAAUAUGGCUUCCAAGGCACGAAUUUCGUACGGGAGCGAAUCAUCUGAUUGGUUAUGCAGUUUCUGUGAGAGUGUUGAAAUCAGUUGAUCACUGGAAAACGACUCGUCGUAAUUAAAUAACACGAUAGAAUCUGCUUUGAUCAACGCUCGGAUAUGUAAGAUGGUGAGCAGAAUCGAGUUCUCUCGCACUAAAAUGGAAGGAACAAUGUCAUCGUAGCCCUUGUCAAUUUUGCGAA